AUGGAUACUUGGCAGAGUUGUAUUGUUAAAGUCCCUCAAGAUGAACGACAAGUCCAUUGUCGAUGGAGGGUCAAAGCUGCUGAAUUGGCUCAGCAGGUGACUUCAGUAUCACAGUUCAAUAUACUAGACCUUAUUUUUACGACACGGUUUGAGAAUGGCCAAAGUUCAGAACUUCGAGUUGAGAAUCUACAGAAUGAAAAUGCAUCCGAGAGUCACAGCAAAGAAGCUCUUCCAAAAUCCGCCAAAUCUUUCAUCCUCUCACAUGUGGAGCCAUGGUUGAAGCAUCCAGAGACUAGCGAGUUGGCUAUCAAAUUGCUGAUCCCAGCUGAGAAGGGACAUGUCGUUCGUUCUAAUAUCCUUCAGCAGCGAAUGUCCGGCUGCGAGCGUGUUGGCGAUAUCCAGGCUUUUUGCAGCCCCUUUGAUGAACAGAAGGAAGCAGCUCAUACGAAUCUUUCAUCCGUAACACCAGAGACCUUCCAGAUGCUGUUACGUUGUGCGUCCGGUGGACUGGUUGUUCAAGCCAACAAAGAAUUGUCUGCUACUGAAGCUCUGAGUUUCGUUGACAGCCAAUUGGUAAUUAGAAUGUCAAUCCCAUGGCUCUCCUCUUCGCCACCGCCAGAGCAGAUGAUAGUGGCCAUCGGAUCUCACAGGGUACAAUCUAUGGAAACAUUCUACGACGCAGCACACAGCCUAGGAAUUAAAAUGCUACUUGUAGCUAGUAAAGACGACAAAGUCUACUCACACUGUCGAGACGAUAUCGUCACCGUGGACAUGACGCUAGACGAUGGGCUGGUAUCUCGAAUAGUCGAGGCGCUUAGAAGCCAGCAUGGGAGUCUGAGUGGUGUCGUGGCUUACAGAGAUCAUCUUCUAGUCACAGCAGCAAAAGUAGCAGAGGAACUAGGCUUGCCGACAUCACCACCAUCAGCCGUCGAAACAUGCGUCAACAAACACGCAAUGAGAUUAAAAACUAUGGCCAACUGUUCUCAAAUGCUGUACGCCGAAGACCUCAAUCAUCUAAAGCAGCUCGUCACCUCACUCCCUCAACCUCUCGAAUUCCCACUCGUGGUAAAACCCUCCGAAGGCCAAGGAUCCGUCGGCGUUUCCAAAGUUACAAACACACAACAACUCUACGACGCCGUGACUGGCAUCGAGAACUACGCGCAGAAAUCGGGAGUCAAGUCUGGAGUCAUCGUCGAAACCUACAUCGACGGGCCUGAAAUCGAUGCCAACUUCGUGAUGCUAGACGGAGAAGUCCUCUUCUCGGAAGUCGUGGAUAAUUUCCCAUGUACAGCCGAUGACGAGGAAGACCAACAGACAGACUCGUUUUUAGAACGUGAUAUGGUCUAUCCGUCUGGAUUAAGCGAUCCAGAAAUCUCCUUCAUAAAGAGCUCGAUUCAGCACUUGCUCGUUGAAGAUCUUGGUUUUCAAACCGGUGUAUUUCACGUCGAAGGACGCGUCUGUGGCUCGAGCAUGGAAUACAAAACCCAAGACGGCAUCACAGAUCUGCACUCUAAACAGCUUUCUCAGGCAAAAUCGCCAAGUGUGUUUAUCCUAGAAGUUAACGCUAGAUGUCCCGGCGUAGCAGGUGUCCCGCCUACAGCAUGGACAUAUGGAGUUGACCUAGCGGCGCUGUGGCUCCUGACUGCAGUGCGCGACACGCAACGACUGAGAGCAUUGUCUCGGUCGUUCCUGAAUGGCGCAGAGUUGUGGUGCGAUCUCGUGCCUAUCACAGUGACUCGUGGCGGGACGCUAGAAAGCGAUGAUAUAAUGGAGGAAUUACGACAGCGACGACCAGAUCUCAUGGCGACUGUUUUUACCACCACGAUAUUCUAUCGGUGUGGGGAUGUUGUGCCGGAACCUUCUGUGACGAAUUUGAGUGGUAUUAUUGCGGAGUUUGUGUGCUUUUCUAGGAAGAGUAGGGCGGACUUGCUGGGGAUUGUGAAGCAAAUUCGGGAAGAGGUGCGGAUUCGCUGGAGAUGA